AUGAUCGAUGAAAACCUGCCCAGUAAGGAUACCCUGCCACCACCCGGAUUCGGGACUGACCCCAGUCCAGCGUUCUUCUUGAAGAACAACUCGAAACAGCCCCAGGUUAGCACGGUAUACCACCGCCAGCAUGGAAACGACCCAGAGCCUGCCUACACCCUGCGAUCCCUCGACCCCGCUGCCCCGACAUCCCAGAACCGCUACGGAGUCGCCCUGUAUGACCCGUACGUGCCGGACAUCGUGUACGGCGAGGUCGCCGUGGUUCCAGAAUGGACUCAACCCAGUUUAUCGGCGGAGACUAUUAGAGCGAACGGAGGCACGGCACCAGCUCCAGAACCGAUCCUUCCCAACGAGUUUACCGUCCAGCUCUACAACCCCGACCAAACGAUCACCGUGAAACACCACCCGAAGACUUGGAACAAACCCGCUCGAUGGGAGUUCGAGAUGCCACAAAAUACAUUCCGCGUACCCUCUGGCUCAUCCCUUGACCAGGGCCAGAUCGAUCCCUCUAUCGCAGACAUUACCCCGAAGCUGCGGUUUAGCUGGCGCAAGGAUGGGAAACUAUCAAAGGAUCUGACUUGUUUGCUACACGGGAAGACCUCUACUAUAUCUGAUACUCGGACAAAAAGUCGGGAGCCAGAUAUCACCGUUGCUCUCUUCCAGGGACUGAAGGAGCUUACACUUUAUCAGCCAAAUCUAUACCGAGUAGAGAUGGAGGAUUUCAAAGGCCUAGAGGUAGUCCUGCUCCUGGUGACCAUCGCCAUCCGAGACAUCUUCUUCGGGCUUGCGAAGGAAGCAUUCCAUAUCUCCCAUACCCCAAGCCCAAUAACGCGCAAACCGACGGCCCCCGCUAUAGCUCCGGCCAUAGCAGCAGCACCCGCCAAUGCGAAAUUUGACAGACAACACCCCCAGGCUGGACCAUCCGGGGUCCCAAUGCAUGGGAAAUCAACCCAUCGCGCGAGUUUCCCGAACCCCACAUCUCCAGGCCCUCAGGAGCGAAUGCGCCAAGACGAACUCGCCAAACAGGAAGAAGAGCGUCGGAGCCAAGAGAUCAUGGCGGCGCAACGCAAGCGGCGCGAACGGGAUUCAAACGUCGACAAGGAAACCAAGCGCCUACAACAGCUGUAUGGCCGGGAAGAAGAACAAGCCCGCAGGCAACAACGCACCCCAGCUCCAUCUGCACGACCCUAUCUCCCACCCCGACACACAGGCCCCGCUCAGCCUUAUUCUCACCAAUACUCCCAAUCCUCCAUGCAACUCUCCCAACCACGCCCUCAUCCACGCCAAAAUACCCCUGGUCCUGUCCAUUUCGCCCAUCCUCACCCCCCUGGGCGGGCAGACCCGCGCAUGCAAUCCUCCACACAUCUCCAGCCCCGUCCUCAGCCUCGCCCGCAAGCCCGGCCCCAGUCGGUGGCCUUCUACCAGCAACCCACAAGCAGUGGUGCGCUUCCUGCGCCCUCCAAGCCGGCGCAGCUGCAGCCGAAAAAGAGUAGUUUCUUUGGUUUCCGGCGUAACAAAGAGGAGACGGCUACGAAGCUGGCCAAAAAACGGAGUUCAAUGUUUUGA